UGCAAGAAGCCGCGGCGCAUCAGCAAGAAGGGUUUCCGCAAGAUGCUGAGCUGCGAGCUCAAUCACAUGCUGACGGACACCGGGAACCGUCGAGCUGCUGACAAGCUCAUCUGCGACCUGGAACAAAGACGAGACGGGCGCAUCAGCUUCGAGGAGUACUGGACCUUGAUAGGUGGCAUCGCCAGCCCCAUCGCCCAAAUCAUCCGUCAGCAGGAGCUGUGCGUCAAGCACACCAAGUAG